CUCUAAUGAUGACAGAUAACACGGACAGUAGUAACGUCAUGUCGUCCUCCGAAAAAAAAGAAAAAAAAGGACUGCUUGAAACCCUGGGAAAGGAUAUAGAAAUUAUUAAGAAACGAUUACAAUCGAUAACGCAAGAAAAAGAAAGUUUUAAACGUAGAUGUACGGAACUUGAAAAAAAGAAUAGAGAACUUUCAUGUAAAAACGUGGAGUUGCAGAGACAGCUAGAUAGUUCCGUAAAAGAAAAUGAAUCACAAAAUUCCGAUGAUUAUCAGAAGCUAAAUUUGCUCACACGAGAAGUGAAAGAUAUAUUGGGUAUGAUGAACGCUGGCGAUGAUGAUCUGGGUGGCAACGAAAGAGAAGGUGGCUCGAACGCAACUGGAACUAGUGUUUCUAAAGAAAUAGUAGUGGAGGAUGAAAACUUUCCUAAUGAUGAAGGUCAAGAUUCGGACUAUACGGAUGAAUGCGUGGUUGUUCCGAUUGAUCAAAAAAAAAGUACGGAUAGCAAGCAUAAUCACUCCAAGUCUACUCCUGAUACUCCUGGACAAAAUACGCACGUUUAUUGCGAAUAUUGCAACAAAUACAUAACUUCAAAGGGAUAUAAAAACCAUCUCUAUACUCAAAUUCAUCUGUCAAAUGUGUCUGUACGUGAAAAGGAGGAAUAAAGGUACAAAUAAUUCUUUUUUUCUUUUAUAAAUAAAAUUCAUAUAUGUUACAUAUUAUAUAUAUAUAUGUCUCGUGUGACUUUUUGUAUUUACGUUAUAUGUGAAGCGUAUCUCUUGGAUAUCAUGUAAUGGAAUAAAUACUAAAUAUGCGAAAAUAAAGAAUUUAAAAGCGCCAUGUGCACACG